AUGUAUAGUCCUACCUCUGCCAACCAACCCCGGCGGCAUCGUCAACUACGGCCAGGUGUAUGUUCGAAACGUCGGGUUUCAUUCCGCUGUCCGAAUCCAGAAUGCGAUACUCCGUUCUGGCCAGUGAUUCUGCUGCCCAAUGCCGAAUGCAAAGCGAUAUCGCUGGAGGAUGUAGCGGAGGAGGAGGAAUGCUCCCUAGGUCUACCCAAAGAUCUUUCCACGUUGCCCCGUAUCACGUGCCCCACUCAAUCACUCCCCGAUGCUGAUAUUGACAGUUACUGUACAGCCCGGAGCUCGAUGAGAAGCGCGUUCUUGCGGUUCCGAAAGGUCUACGGUGAAGAAUCUGUAGAAUGGAAGAGGGUACUUGGUGAGUUUACUAUCCAGUGUAUGCUUCAUCAGGAGACUUUGUCAAAGUGUACCUUUGACCCGUUCCAGAUCAUGAAUGCCAAUCAUGUCAGUCUCGUGGCGCAGGUCGAGACGGAUUGCAAAAUGUGGUUCCGCCGGCAUCUGGGGGAUGACCAGACGAGGCUCUGGUGGGAGCAGGUGGAGGAGCUGGGUUGGUGGCUGGUCCACCACGAUUGUAAAGAGACUCCGAUGCGUGAGGGGCCUGAUGACAUUGUCUCUGAAGGCCGCGUCGCCUUUCGAGAUCCUUUUUCUGAUAGUCGGCGUGGCUCGUCCAGUACUGACGGCGGUUCUUUUUCAUCGAGUGUCGACGAUCCCUUCGCCGACUUCUGA